AUGCCUACUGUUACUAUGGAGCGUGUGGAAAUGUUCUCAGCAUGUCAUCGCCUUCAUUCGAAAGAAUUGAGUGACGCUGAAAAUAAAGAGACUUUUGGAAAAUGCAAUCAUGUAAAUGGUCAUGGUCAUAAUUAUGUUUGGAAGGUUAAACUGCGUGGAGAAGUCGAUCCAGUCAACGGGAUGGUUUAUGAUCUGGCAAAACUGAAAAAGGAAAUGAACCUUGUUCUGGAUACUGUAGAUCAUAGAAAUCUGGAUGUAGAUGUAGAGUUUUUCAAGACUACAGUAAGCACAUCUGAAAACGUCGCAAUCUACAUGUACGAAACGCUGAAAUCAGUGAUGUCGAAUCCAUCGGUUCUAUACAAAGUGACCAUUGAAGAGACACCGAAAAACGUUUUCACUUAUAAAGGAAAAUAA